GCCCUCGCCGCCAUCGUGCCCCUCGUCGCCGCCCACGGCUUCAUCAAGUCCCCCGCGCCCCGCCAGCCCGGCGAUGCCUUCCGGGCUGCUUGCGGUGACCAGCCCUACUACCAGCAGUCCUCGGACAUCAACGGCAAUGUCCAGGGCAUCCUGCAGGUCGUCGGCAGCGACUUCGACGCCUCGGCCUGCAACCUGUGGCUCUGCAAGGGUUUCCAACUCGCCGACAACACCGACCUCGUCCAGAGCUACACCGCCGGCGAGACGGUCGACUUCGCCAUCAACAUUGCCGCUCCCCACACCGGUUACGCCAACGUGUCGGUUGUCAAGACCAGCACCAACAGCAUCAUCGGCACGCCCCUGAUCGAGUUCUCCAACUAUGCCUCCAACGCUGGCAUGCCCGCCAACAACACCGCCUUCAGCGUCACCAUCCCCGACGACCUCGGCAGCGAGUGCUCCACCGCCGGUGACUGUGUUCUGCAGUGGUUCUGGGACGCUGCCGAUAUCAACCAGACCUACGAGUCUUGCGUUGAUUUCACUGUUGGUGGCAGCUCCUCUGGCGGCUCCGGCUCCGGCUCUGCCUCUUCCGCCGUUGCCUCUUCCGCCGCCCCCGCC